CAAAUGUCUUGAAGACAUUGGCCUUGAAUAUUUUAUGCACUUACUGUCGGGAUCUUUCUUCCAACAAGAUAAACGAUCUUUCUUCCAACAAGAUAAACAAUUUGAUGCGUGAUAGAAGUAUGGCUGGGAAUCGGAAUAUGAUAGAUGUUGAUGAGAAAACACAUCAUCUGUCACUUGGUUUCCACUUUGAUCCUAGCUAUUUUGGGAUUCCAUCUGCCAAACAGUUGCGGACAUUUCUUUUGCCAUGUCAAGAAGUUUGGCCAAGUAAAGAAGGAACACAGAAAAUGCCGAAAAAUCAAACUUCCUUUUCCAACUUUAGGAAUUUACGGGUGUUUGAUUUACAUAAUUCUGAAAUUGAGAAGGUGCCAACUUGCAUUCAGAAGAUGAAAUAUCUGAGGUAUCUUGAUCUUUCCAGAAAUGAUAAAAUCAAGGCACUUCCAAAUUCUAUUUCUAGACUUCAACUUUUGCAAGUGCUGAAACUUUCCAAUUGUGAAGAGCUUAGAGAGCUACCAAAAGAUAUUACCAAGCUAGUCAAUCUCAGGCAUCUUGAUUGUGAGAGAUGUUGGAGUUUGACGCACAUGCCGUGUGGGCUUGGAAAAUUAACUUCCCUUCAAAUGUUAACUUGGUUUCCAGUUGCCAAAGAUAGUUCUGUCUCUAAUCAUGUUGGGGGCCUGGUUGAAUUGAAUCGGCUAAACUUGAGAGGAAGGAUAGAGAUAAGAAAUCUCAAGUGUGUGAAAGAUGAAUCAGAAUUUGAGUCAGCUAAUUUAAUGGAGAAGCAACUUCUUCAGUCAUUGAGUCUGUGCUGGAAUCGAGAUGAUGAUGAUGAUGACAACGACAAUGUAGAUGUCAACUAUGAUGAAAGGUGCUUGGAGAGGCUUCGGCCACACGAAAACCUGAAGAAGUUGAAGGUGUGUGAUUAUGGAGGCACGAAAUUCCCUGAUUGGCUUUCUUCCCUCACAAAUUUAGUUAAUAUUUGUAUACAAGAUUGUGGAAAUUGUGACCGUCUUCCCCUUUUGGAUCGAAUCCCCUCGCUUCAAUAUUUAAGGAUUGAUGGAUUUCCUAAACUUGAGUUCAUAUAUCAUGAGGGGGAUAAUUUCCCUGGAGCAGGAGGCGGAGGAAAUGAAUCGACCUUCUUCCCAUCCCUGAAGGAACUGUAUAUCUUGGAUUGUCCUCACCUGAAGAGUUGGUGGAAGAAAGGGGAUGAUUUAACCAUGAAAAUAACAGCGGAGCUCCCUCACUUUACUAGACUUUCUAAGCUAGAAAUUAGUGAGUGCUCUCAGCUGACUUGCAUGCCGCUAUUUCCAAACCUCGAUGAAAAGCUACUGUUGGAAAACUGCCGCUUAGUACAUCACUUGCAGCAGAUGAUUAAGAUGGCGAUUGUUCAGGCAGUGCCAUCAACUUCUUCUUCAUCAUCUUCAUCAUCGUCAAUGCUUGGGCUCUCCAAAUUGAAAGUCUUAUGGAUUGUGUCGAUUGAGGAUCUUGAAGCUUUUCCUGAAGAGUUGCUGCAGAACCUCUCUUCUCUUGAAGAACUGCAUCUCAUGGAUUGCCCUCGGUUAGCUAGUCUACCUCUUGAGAUGCGUCGGCUCCCUUUACGAGAAUUAGAUAUUAGAGGAUGUGCUCAAAUGAAGGAAAGGUAUGGAACUAGAAAGUGCUCCGAUUGGCCUAUAAUUUCACGCAUCCCAAAUAUUCGAAUUGAUGGGCAAAAGGUUCAAUGGGAUGGCAGAUAUUUACGGGAUCAGGAGGAUUCUUCUAUCGUUACUGCAAGUCCUCUCUCCAAAUUAAAGACGUUGAUAGUUGAGGAUCUCGAAUCUCUACCAGAAGACUGGCUGCCGAAUCUCACUCGUCUUCAGCAACUAUGUCUUGUGCGUUGUCCCAAAUUACAGUCUUUGCCACGAGGGAUGCUUCAUCUUACAUCUUUACAAAAUUUGGAUAUUAGCCAAUGUACUCUUCACCUCAAGGAAAGAUGUUCAAACAACAAAGGUGUGGAUUGGCUCAAUAUUUCUCACAUCCCACGUAUUAAAAUUGAUGGACUACAAAUUCAAUGGCAAGAACAAAAAGCUAUUGAGGGCGAGGCAGCCAAGAUGUUGAGCUCAGAGGACAUAUUGGGGGUAAAUACAUGUCCUCCUGGGCAUUCCACACGGAGGACUGGGGUUCCAGCGGAAAAGCAUUCUGACCCUGCGAAAAUCACCACAGAAUCCAAUCAACUUGAGGGAGUUCCGGGGUAUCCGCAGCUCGAUCAGAAGUCCUAUAACGACGAUCAGCUAGCAGUCCUUAAGUACAUCAUCUAUGAGAACAAUGAUAAUGAGACCCUUUUUGAAGGAGAUAAUUGCAGCCUUGCUAGAUCAAGGAUUGAACAUUGGAAGCCUAGACAAUGGCUUGAGAACAAUGAUGUUGACAUGGUGGUGGAGGCGGUGAGAAAGGAGGAAGUGCGAGAAAGGAACGGCACGAAUUGGUUCUUUCCAUGCAUCACAUAUCAAAGCUACGAGAAAGUUUCAUUCUUCAAGGAAUAUUACGAUGACCACGUACAAAAUUUUGCAGUGACAAGUGAUCUCGAGGCUUGUGAAAAGAUUUACAUCCCCAUCCAUGACUAUGAUCGCCAGCACUUUCUGCUGGCUGUGUUGAAAGUCCCGAAUCAAACAUGCUUAUGGUUUGAUCCGAUGUGGAGCGAUGAAGGUUACUCUCUGACAGAUGAGGAAAUCCUGCCAGUGUUGCUCCAAGGCCUGGACAAUUGUGUACCAGGUAUUAAGACGAAGCCCUUCUUCCCAACUUUCGAAGAAGUAAUCCAAAAGAAUGCUCCUCGGCAGCCUAAUGGAUGGGAUUGUGGCAUCUAUAUCAUGAAUUUUCUCCGUGAUUUGCCGGAUGACAAUGGGAAGCAGUUCGGCAAAACUGUUGUUAAUGUCACAGAGCUCAGCUUUCUCCUUCUUGCAAGAUUAAGAAGAGUUGUGCCCUGAAAGGUUACGAAGAACAGAGUUCAGAAAUGCAAAGCAGAAAGUCCAUGGCCUAAUUGGAAAGGAACAGAGGUUUCUGAGACCAAAUAAUUGAGUUUUCCUUUUAGAAAAAACAAGUACAAUGAUGGUUAAUCUGACAUUUAAUUGUAUCAUUAACUUUAUUGUAUACCAGGCGUACGUUAUG